CCCAUCAUCACGGGCGCACGCGCGCCCCCGCUACGGCAUUUCUACAGGAUCCAGUUCAGUUCUAGCGAAGCCCCGCCACGGUCGGCCCUCCUGCCGGAGCUUAUCCUGCUCCUCCGCUGGAAGAAGGUAGUGAUGCUCCCACGCUGCUGAACGGAUCCGGAUUCAAUCUUAGAGAAGGGCGUAUGCGGCGCGAGGGACGGGGCAGAGUGGAGUGAUGAGGGGGGUAAACAUUGCCAUGCCCUGCCUCAUGCUGAGAUCUGUCGACUUAAUGCGCGCGUGCAUCUAGCCCGGGACGGGGGGGCUUCAUGUUAGAGGGGAACCAAGGGGAUUCUCACUGUCGUAGUUAAGGUUUGUUUUGGCGGCGAAGUGGCGUUCGGGAUAGGAGGCUGCGGCGGGCCGCGGUUCCCGCUGAAGAAGCUCACUUCACGCAUCCUUCAGCCUGACUUUGCUGCGUCCGAGCGCGCGGCCAUGCUGCAGGCGGGACCCUGCGACUUAUUUCCAACCUGAGCUGCAUCUUCCGGAAUUUCAAGCUGCCCAGAUUGAAGAGAAGUUGGACUUUAGAUGAACAUCUCCCACCAGAAGGGGGGGACUCCUAUGGCUCUAAUAGCUCCAUCCUUCUCCAAACUGAUCAGACACUCUUAGGAUGUGAUCAGCUGUUGAUGUUCAAAGUAUCUGCAGGCAACUAUCAAAGCUGCCACUGCAUGACUGCUGGGUGGGACCUACAUCCUAAACUUCAGAGUUCACGCUGAUCCAUCACCAUGGGAGCCAAGCAGACCAAAGGCCAGGAGCCUGGAGGAGCCAGUCCUCAGCACAGCUGGAGGAGGACACCCACCAAGGAGCGCGGAGACAUGUUGACCUCCCUCAUGCUGAGGUCAGGAGACCGCCUGAACCGCGGGGGAUCACCACCACCUCCUUAUCAGCGUCGCAUUGGAAUGAUCCAGGAGAUGAUGCUCAUGGCCAAGCAGGGGAAACACGACAAGGCCACAGAGAUGCUGAAGAUGCUGCGACAGGAUUUGGGCAUGGAGUCGACUUCACUGGACGACGUGUUGUAUCGCUACGCCAGCUUCAGAAACCUGGUUGAUCCCAUCACUCAUGACCUGAUCAUCAGCCUGGCCAAAUACGUCCACUGCCCCAAGACAGAAGGAGACUCUCUGGGGGCGAUGGAGAAGGUCUGCCGUCAGCUGACCUACCACCUCAGCCCACACUCUCAGUGGAGGAGGCAUGGGCUGCUGAAGCGGAAGCCACAGGCCUGCCUAAAGGCGGUGCUGUCGGCUCCUCUGGCCAGCGGUACUCUGGAUCUGUCCGGCAUCCCUCUGACAGCCCGGGACAUGGAACGCCUGUGCGCUCACCUGCAGCGGCAUGCGGCCACAGUGGUCAGCUUGGAGCUGGGCUUCACUGAACUCACAGACGAGGCCUUCCUUCUGCUGCUCCCCACUCUGGCUGCUCUACCUCAUCUGGAAACUCUGACGCUGAAUGGAAAUCGUUUGACCAGAGCCGUUCUGAAGGACCUGACAGAUGCCCUAAAGGAUCCAAACAGCUUCCCAAGUGUGACGUGGAUCGACCUGGGCAACAACGUGGACAUCUUCUCCUUGCCGCAGCCCUUCCUCGUCAGCCUGAGGAAGCGCUGUCCAAAACAGGGAAACCUGCCCACCAUCCUGGAGUUUGGGGAGAGCCAAGCUAGCGAUCCCCCAGAGAGGCAGAGGGCAUUCGGCGAGGAGGAGGAGACGGACGACACCAACCGGACUGAGAGCAUGGGCGAGCUGCGGUCAGAGGUGGAGGAGGAGCUGGAUGGAGAGACGGAAAUUGAGGAGAUGAUGGAGGAGCUGCUGGACUUUGACAGAGAGAUUCAGGGAAAGGACGAAGACGAGGAGAGCAUGUGGACGCUGGGGGACCAGGGAAGAGUGGUAGAGAGGAAGAGGAGGAGACAAAGAGAGGAAGAGGAGCAGAUGGAAACCCAAAGACGGCAACCAUUGAGGAAGGCAGUGAUGGCAGAGGACGAGGGCGACACACAGAGCCGCUCUUCACGCCUGUCUUGCUCCAGCCAAUCACAGCACUCCUCAGGAGCAGUUGAGCCAAUGAGAGUGGAGGAGGACAAUUUGACUGACCAAUCCUACCAUUUGACAUGAGAACUGCUUCCCAUUGCAUCUGCACCUCCCUUCCCUUGUCCUGUCCAGCGUUGAGGAAGGUGAAAUGAGAUGGGGAGAAGCUGCGGAGUUGCAUGGAAUCACUGUGAAUGUUCUACUUGAAAUUCUCUCCAGUGAUGCAGUUUGUGGCCCCCACAGCCUUUAGAUACUGACUGAUGCUGAGCCCAGGUGUAGCAUGAGGGGGCCAGUCCUCAACAGAUUGUGCUUUACGUUGACGCGACGACUGAAAAUGCAAAAGAACAGACUCCUGAGGCUUUUAUGUGUGAAAAUGUCAAUCUUUUAUCAGGUCCUGUCUCCUUUUAACCCUGGAAAUACCUCCAUGUGCCUGCACCAUCUCUGGUUACUGGGUUAGAAUGAGUCCCGAGAGAUAAAACCAAGCAAAGCAAAAUGAAGAAACUAUUCAGGGUUCUUAAACAUUUUGAAGCGUGCAAAACAUCCCCUUACUACAUUCAGCGCCAAAGGAAUGAGAGGACAGGCAAAACUCCAGAGUGGAGACAUUUCAGGAGCUCUUUUGUUGUCUCUGAAAUGCUGAGGGUGGGACGUGUCAGCUGAAGCAUGAGCACCCGGCGAAAGGAGGGAAAGGAGGUUUUUCCCACAGCAGUAGAUGUUCUUCAUUUACCCCCAAACCAAAUAUAAAAUAUUGAGUAGCCUUCUUGUCCGAGCCACGCUUCGCUUCGUCUUACCAAACAUCCGUGCGUCACAUGCUUACUGAGCUGGAUUUAUUUAUAGCGUGCUGCUGCAGUCUGCUGGGUGUCACCAGGUUGUGUUUUUAAUCCAGAUGUAACCCAGCAUGUAGAGCUUUAACAGACAGAAUGUACUUUCAGGUGUACAGCACAGAGGGAGGGAGGGAGAACAGAUUUUUCUGUAGGUCGUCUUAAUCAUUUAGAUGAGAAGAAGUCUAUGUAUGUUCCUCUGUUUUUAUAAGCUGAAAACAGAGCAAGUAAAAUGAAAUGAUAGAAGCUGAUGGAAGCUCACAAUGGUCCAGGAUGUGGAUCUUGAGAAGAAAACUUCAUGGUUUUAUGCUGUAGAUUUAGUCCAGCUCACGCAAAAAUAAUACAAGCUACACAGCUAAAAGAGACAUUUCAAAAUAAGAGCUUGUACAAGUUGUGAGCAUAAUCAUAUCUGGUGUUAUGGAUCCUCCAGGCAUUUAGGACUUAGCACGUUCUUGAAUGCGAAAAGUCAAAGUGGUGCAAAUUUUGCAAAUCAUUUUCUUUCACAGCUCUGUACAUAUAAUUCUGGCCGAACACAAACCACAAUU